GCUGGAGAUAUUUGGUGCAAUUUACUCGAUGGCAUGGCGAAUCUAUCCUAUUCUUUUGUCUUCCUCUACGUCCCGUUUCCGAGUGUGGCUGAUUUUACAGUCCAAAAAAUAUACUGUCGCUAUGAUAACGGCUAUCUCACACACCCAAUUGCAGAUUACAUGCCAAAGCAUAGAAGAGAAGCAGAAAAACACGGUGGUUACCAGUGGUCAAAUUUGCUCACGUUUCUGCCAUGGAAUACGUUAAUUAAACACUUAUAUGCAGAGACAGGACACGAUCCAAGACGCAUGUCGGUGUGCCUCUUCCAACACGGCGAUCUACUCCGUACAGAGGACAAUAAAUAGUUAGGCUGAUCACCAUCGAACAAAUGGCCACACCCAACCGUGGAAAUCGGCCGGAAUACGAGGUUUAUCCCUACAUCGAGCUAGCUGCAAAACGCGAGGGAUAAGGCUUGCUGCUGGUCCUCGAGGUAUAUAAAUCGGAGCACAGGACGUUGAGAUGAUUCAAAAGUAACAAAUAUACCAAACACAUUCAAAGUACAUAUACAUGUACAUACACCUCCCAAAAGCAUAAGAAGCGAAUUCUUCACAAUAAUAUCCUUGAAAAUUCUAUAAAUUCAACCUUUCCUCUCCUGCUUUCCUCCUCACCUCAAAAAAAGCACUAUCAGAUUCGAGAGCAAACACAGAGCUACACAGCUACAUACUUACCUAUAUAUUUCUAUACCGCCCCCCAUGGCAUCAGAAUCCAAAGCCAAAUCCGCCAUCCCCGCCCAAGACAGUAUCCAGGGCCUCGAAAUCCACCGCGCCUUCACCGACACAGACGGCGUGAUCACGACCACCAUGAACGACCUCCCGGGCUACCGGGUAACCCGCGUGCUAGGCGCCGUGUACGGGCUGACGGUGCAAUCGCGCAACUUGGCGGCGGGGCUGGGCAUGGUGCUCAAAUCCAUCGCGGGCGGCGAGCUGGGCAUGUUCACGACGAUGCUGUACCGGGCGCGCAACGACGCUGUGGCGCGCAUGGUGGGCGAGUGUUUGCAGAAGGGCGGGAAUGCGAUUAUCGCGCUGCGGUUUGAUACGAGUGAUCUAGGCGGGUUUGCGCAGGUGUGUGCGUAUGGGACGGCGGUGGUUGUGGAGAUGAUUGAGUAGGGGGGUUUUAACAUAUCUAUAAUUUCUGUAGCAUUGUGUAGUAUAUAUACUUGAUUAAUAUGUAAUGGUUGAUAAGUUGAUUGGGGGGGGGGGGGGGCGGCUUUUUGAGGAUUUCUUUUUGCCUCAUCUUUUUCAUUUGGUUUUUACUCCUUCAUGGGUUCCUUUUCCUGUUCGUUCCUGGGCAUAUAAACUUGAACAAUAUCUUCUUGUCAAUGGAGUACCUGUUGAGUGAGACAUAACUUCUACAAUGUACAGUACAUACUACGUAGGAUUUUCACCGUUCUGGGAAUGGAUAAAAACAACCAACGAUGACGUAUUUUCUCCUAUCUACAUCUUGGCAGCAAACGUGAUUCCUCC